AUGGAUUUUUCAAUGAAGAUCCCUUCUUGUCAUUCUUUUCUAACAUUAAUAGUUUUUUUAGUUCUUUGGUUUGAAACAAAUGCAAAAGUAGAACUUCCAGAAAAUGUUUCGAUUCCAGCACUGAUUGUGUUUGGAGAUUCAAUUAUGGAUACAGGAAAUAACAACUUUAAAAAAACAAUAACUCGAUGCGAUUUUGCACCUUACGGAAAAGAUUUUCCCGAAGGAGUUGCAACUGGUCGAUUUAGCAAUGGAAAAGCUCCAUCUGACAUUAUAGCUGAAGAAUUUGGCAUUAAAGAAUUUCUACCUCCAUAUUUAGAUCCCAAGCUCAAUAUUACCGAACUCGCAACUGGUGUGUGUUUUGCUUCGGGUGGUUCUGGGUUUGAUUCUUUUACAUCAAAAUUGUUGAAUGCUAUACCUUUAUCAAGUCAAUUGGACUCAUUCAAAGAAUAUAUUGAGAAGCUUAAAGCAACUCUUGGAGAAAAUAGAACAAAUGAAAUUUUAGCCAAUAGUGUUUUUCUUGUUGUAUUUGGCAGCAAUGAUAUUUCCAACACAUAUUUCUUAACUCAUUUGAGAAAAAUUAAAUAUCCUGAAUUUUCUGAUUAUGCUGAUCUUUUGGUUAGUAUAGCUUCCAACUUGACUAAGGAAAUAUAUCAACUAGGUGCACGAAAGAUCGGAAUAUUCAAUGUGCCGCCGCUAGGGUGUGUGCCGUUGCAGAGGACGGUGGCUGGAGGAUCCGAAAGAAAAUGUAUCGAAGAAUAUAACAAUGCAACAAUGUUGUUUAAUGAUAAAUUAUCGAAUGUGAUCGAUUCGUUAAAAACUAACUUAUCAGAUAGUAGAGUUGUUUAUAUGGAUGUUUAUAGUCCUAUACUCGAUGCCAUUGUGAACGUUGAAAAAUAUGGGUUUGUUAAUGCAGAUAAAGGGUGUUGUGGCACUGGAAAAUUGGAGGUUGGAUUUUUAUGCAACCGUUUUGGAUCUAUAUGUUCCAAUGUUUCAGAUUAUGUGUUUUGGGACAGUUUUCAUCCCACUGAAAUCUUUUACAAAACCCUUGUACCCCCUCUACUAAAAAAAUAUAUCAGCCAAUUUUUUUGA